GGCAAAAUAGUUAGCUGCGCUACCAUGUCCCAGAUUUGUCAAUUAAAUGCUUUGCUGCAAGUUACUGCAGCUAAAACCGAUUUCGAAGAUGAAUUUCUUGAGCACUACUUAAAGCAAGUCGUAAAACUAGUUAAUUCGUCUGAUUUGUCAAAAGCACUGACAGAAGAAUUCAUAUUGUCUGUCAAAUGUUUGAUUAACAUAUGCUCCUCUACUCAAGGAAUACACCUUUUAACAACCCUGUUGUCAAAUCAGGAAAAACCUGAAGAAUUCACUCGAAUUCUUACUACACUUGCUCUGGAUAAUUCAAGAAAUCAUGCUGAUUUGGCGCCUCUAGUUAUUGAUUUGAUUUCAAAUUUGACUAGAGAUCCCGUUUGGUUGGGUCAUUUCAGUCAACAUUUUGAUAACCAACAUGUUAGAUCGAUUCUCAGUUCAGAUGCUUCCAUCAAGAAGUUUCUUCCAAUAUUACUUAAUCUAAGUAGCCUUACAUCAGUACGCCACACCAUAUGCUCCUCAGAACUAGUGCAAAAGCUGGUUGGUUUAUUUUUAGAAAUUUCCUCUACUCCGAAGAAAAUUCUCAUAGCUGGUAUAAUCAAAAACUGCUCAUUUGAAGACGAACUUCAUUGUGAACUUUUUGACGACAAAGUUGGCUUGCUUGGUGCAUUUUUAGUUCCACUUUGUGGUCCAGAGGAUUCUAUUGACGACGAUGAUCGUGCUGUGUUGCCUAAAUCUGUGCAGAUUAUAACUGGGAACCCCCAAUUCUCUCGUUUGUUUUCCACUGAGUUGUAUCUUACAAUUUGCCAAACAUUAUUGCAGUUUUGCGCCACCAGUUACGGACGAACAUUUCUUCGAUCUAAUGGAGUUUAUUUUGUUUUACGUGAGUUGCACAAUUAUUUAACAAAAGCUGAAGAACAACCACAGUGUCCUGAAACUGAUGAAACAGUUACAAACAAAGAAUUAUUGUUUUGCGUCGAGCAAGUAGUAGAUCAACUUAUUUGUGAGGAAGGUGAACGCGAUGAGCACUGUGCUAAAUCCAGUCUUAGAGAAAUAGCUGUUGAUGCAAAAACUACAGAAAAACUUGACAAAGUGAAGAGAGACUAUUUGGAAUGCAAGUAGUGAUUGGUGUAAUUCAAUUUUAUUAUGUAAAUACUCAGUACUCCAUUGUUUUUUUAUUGUCUUCGAUAUCUCUACAUGUCAGUCAAUUCUAGCUAACAAUUACGAUAAUGAACUUCUGCUUUCUAACAUUGAGCCUGUUUAACAACCUUCGCUCAUUGGUGGCAAUUACCGGAUUUUUUUAAUUCGCGAAGUAAAAUAUGAAGUCACUUUACACUGCCCCGGAAGAACGCCGAAUCUCGAUGUUGUCUACAAUUAGCAUCCACGCGACAGUGUUUCUAAUGGUAAAUUAAUGCUUUGACAAUAGGUCACCAAAUGAUCCAACAUGCGGAAUAAAAUAAGUGGAAUAGUAGCAGGAACCUCACUACGAAGAAAAAAGUACUAAUGGGCACAGUAUAAGUACUGAUUCAGCCAAAAUAGACUGCUUCAGUUUCAUUCCAGGAUUUGUUGUUUCGAGAUGUACCAUGCCGUUUCGAAUUGCACAUAAAUGCAGUUAUUUUAGCCCCUAUCUGGAACUGUAUAAUUAAAAUUCUAGAUAGUUUUUAUAAUCAGCAACAAACAUUUGAAAGUUCUUACUUAUGGUCAAAUCUUUGUAAAUAAAGACGAGAUUUUACGCAAAUGAAGUCUAUUGUCGACAGCAAGUGAACAAAUCUAGAGUACAUAAUAACAUUAACCACCGUUUUGAAAAAAAUCCAACAUUAAGUCCACAGCAUGAAGCAUUUUACGUUUCAUAUAAGCCAUUAAACACUAUAUUAAACUUGGUUUUUACUUGGAAAAACGGAUCACAAACAAGAAAAAUCAAGUGUAUUAUCUAAAUCCAAGUUCAGAAUUAACGAAUGUGAUUGGAUGGUGUUUUGUUUAUUUUCUCAAAACGUUAUUUAUUGAUUACUUCUCGGUGUUUGUCAUGAAUUCUGUCUAUUCCCACUAACUUGCUGGAUUUUUCUCUGCUUAAACACGGGAAGUUGUAUCAGUUUCUAAGUAAAUUCAUAGUGAG